AUGUAUAUAGAUAUAGAUGUACAUCAUGGUGAUGGUGUAGAGGAAGCAUUCUAUGUAUCUCAUCGUGUUAUGACUGUCUCCUUUCAUAAGUUUGGUGAUUUUUUUCCUGGUACAGGAGACAUAACAGAUAUAGGUGCUAGUAAAGGUAAAUAUUAUUGUAUAAAUGUACCAUUAAAUGAUGGUAUAGAUGAUGAUAAUUUUAUUAAUUUAUUUAGGCCUAUAAUAACUAAAUGUAUAGAGGUAUAUAGACCAGGAGCAAUAGUACUACAGUGUGGUGCUGAUUCGCUAACAGGAGACAGAUUAGGUAAAUUUAAUUUAUCUAUUAAGGGGCAUGCAUCCUGUAUACAAUUCGUUAAAUCAUUUAAUAUACCAUUAUUAAUACUAGGAGGAGGAGGGUAUACAAUAAGAAAUGUAUCUAGGUGUUGGGCAUACGAGACAGCAGUAGUAUUAGAUAAGCAUAAGGAAAUAAGUAACUAUAUUCCUCUUAAUGAUUAUUAUGAUUAUUAUGCACCUGAUUUCUUAUUACAUUUAAUACCUAAUAAUAAUAUUAUUAAUCUUAAUACACAAGAACAUUUAUAUAAAAUUAAGACAAGAAUACUAGAUAAUCUACAGUAUCUACAGCAUGCACCUGGUGUACAAUUUGCUUAUGUACCUCCGGAUUGUUUUGGUGAUGAUGAGGAUGAGGAUGAGCAACAACAAUUAAUUGUUGAAUGGGAAGGAGGAGGACUAUCUACUCCUAAUGCUGCUGCUGCUGCUGCUAAUGCUGCUAAUGCUGGUGCUGCUGCUGCUGCUAAUGCUGCUGCUGCACCUAUUGCUACUCUUACUCAUCAACAACAAAUACAACAACUUAGGUCUCCUCCUCCUGGGGGAAGAAUAAGAAGAAAAGAUUAUCUUGCAGACUUCGAAGAUCUACCAGAUAGAGACCAAAAAUUACCUAUAUAA